GUUAUGUAAAUAUUUAUUUGUCAUGUUUCAGGGAGAUCCGAGAUCGCAAUGCUUAUCAGUGGUACAUUAGCUGUCCAAUUGAAUUUAUAAACCUUGGCGAAUGACCUUCGUACGUUUCAGGGAAAUGGUACCAAAUUUGUUCUUAGUUGCACUGUUUAUCAAUGUUCCCGAUUUAUGGGCCUCAGACAGACGGCACAGUCGCCAUGCAUCGGUCGGCGGGGGCAUGACGAACCAACUCGACCCGAGAAACACGGCUGCAAUAAAUACCACUGCUUCUAGAAAGUUCUUGCAGGAGUUUCUACAGGACAUCCCACCACCAAUUAUUGGCCCAGUGUUCGACAAAACCGUGCCGAAUAACGUGACCGGGUUAGUUGGUAGAACCGCGUACUUACAUUGCAGAGUCAAGAACCUGGGCAAUCGAACCGUAUCGUGGAUACGACAUCGGGACAUACAUCUUCUCACUGCGGGAAGGUACACAUAUACAAGUGACCAACGGUUCGAAGCCAUUCAUGAACCACAUUCAGAAAACUGGUCAUUAAGGAUAAAAUAUCCGCAAAAAAAAGAUUCUGGUAUAUAUGAAUGCCAGAUAAGUACAACUCCGCCCAUAGGUCAUCCUGUAUACUUAACUGUGUUAGAACCAACUACCGAAAUACUGGGAGGUCCGGAGCUGUUCAUUGAUCAGGGUAGCACGAUAAACCUCACCUGCUUGGUGCAGUUCGCACCGGAACCUCCACCGACCGUUGGCUGGACGCACGAAAAACAACCCAUAAAUUUCGAUUCUCCACGAGGCGGAAUAAGCCUGGUAACGGAAAAAGGGUCGACCACCAGCAGCAGAUUAUUAAUUCAAAAGGCGUCGUCUUCAGAUACCGGCUACUACUCUUGCGAUCCGUCAAAUGCAAAUUCGGCCACCGUCAGGGUUCAUAUAUUAAACGGUGAACAUCCGGCCGCGAUGCACCACGGCCAGGGCAGUAUCCCGCUGUGCCCACCGAUUGUCAGCGCCAUGAUCGUACCGUUUUUGCUCAUCUUCACUGCCAGAGACCUAUAGUACCGACAACACACGCGUGUCAACCAGAAAUAUUUAAUAUUAUAUUAUUAUGUUUAAGAGUAAUGAUGCAUAUUAUUACAAUACAAUGAUAUAGGGGGG